AUGCGUUAUCAUGAUUAUAUUAAGAAAAUAAAUGGGGAUAAAAGUAAACAGAAUGUCAGUGACAGUGUCGUUGGUGAAUCGAGUGAAGAGAACAAUGAGGAAAGUAAUAGUAGUCGAGUAAGUAACAAUCUGAUCGAACAGUCUGGCUGUUUUUAAUGAAAACAAUCACCCAAGCACAAUGCAAAACUCUGAAAUGAUACAACACAGUCCGAGUUCAGCCAAGCCCUUUACUGUUAACCAAAUUACCUGUGUUUACUGGUGAUGUUCGACAAUAUUUCAUAUUUAAGUCAGAUUUUAAACACGCUGUCGAAGCACAAUAUUCCAAAAGAGAUACAUUGACAGUGCUACGUUCAUGUUUAAGUUCUGAGCCUGCCAAAUUGAUCGAAGGAAUAAGCUCUGAUUUAAAUGCUGCAUGGAAGUAUCUAGACCAAAACUAUGGUGACCCCAGAAUUGUAUCAGACACGAUUACCCUAGAUCUAGAAAGAUUCAGAAGUAUUCAACCUGGAGAAGAUCAUAGAUUCUGCCAAUUAGUAAAUAUGGUCGUACAACAUCUUGAAAGAAAUUAA